AAAAGGGAGGCAGAGGGAAAAGCUCCUUGCUCCUCUGUCAGCUGUAGAUUGAACAGACUGCAGAGGCUCUGCUCCAUCCUCCACUCUGAGGACACAAUGAAGAAAGAUGUUUCGUUAGAGCAGAACGGGAAUCAACAGGAGUCUUUUGCUGACGAUGGCAUUCGUUGGAGAACUGGAUCGGAAUAUGCCAGCCCAGAACACAAUGAUGUGCCUAAAAACAGGGUGUCUCCCCCCUCCCUGUUUGGAAAAUACAAGCCCAGCUUACAGACACUCAAGCCAUUCCGCUGGUCUUCACCACAUUCACACCCUGUGGACAAUGCCAGCUUCCUGUCAUUUACAACCUUUGCCUGGAUGACUCCCAUGAUGUGGGCCAUAUUCAAGAACAGGCUGGACAUGUCCUCUCUUAGCCUGUCUCCAUUCGAUGUGGCUGACACCAGUGGAGAGAGGCUGCAGAGAAUAUGGGAGGAGGAAGUGGCAAGGAAAGGUCUGGAAAAGGCCUCCCUGGUCAAGGCGGUUCUUCGAUUUCAGAGAACGAGGUUCAUUCUGGCUGUCUUUGUCGGUUUCCUUGCGUUUGGAUCAGCAUUCGUCGGCCCGGGCAUCAUUGUUAACAAAAUCCUGAACUAUAUUGAAAACCCUGGAAAGAGUACGGUGACCUAUGGUGCCGGUUUGGCCGUGGCUCUGUUCUGCACCGAGUUCUUCAAAGCGUUCUUCAUUUCCCUCAUGUGGGCGCUAAACCUGCGCACAGCAGCCAGACUGAAAGGAGCCUUCUCAUCCAUGGCCUAUCAGAAAGUCAUCUCUCUCAGGGUCCACAGCGGGAUUUCAAUGGGAGAGAUGAUAAAUGUCUUGACCAAUGACGGCCACAGGUUGUUUGAGGCGGUGCUUUUUGGAAGCUUUGCAUUCAGCACCCCAGUGAUCUUCAUUGCCUGUAUUGUAUAUGCCUGCUAUGUUCUCGGUUACACCGCCCUGACAGGAGUCUUUUGCUACAUCCUGUUUGUCCCCAUACAGUUUUCCUUGGCAAAAUUAAUCAACAAAUUCAGAUGGAAAGCAAUGCAGAUAACAGACAGCCGCGUUCGCACAAUGAAUGAGAUUCUCAACAGCAUAAAGCUCAUCAAGAUGUACGCCUGGGAGGAGUCCUUCGAGAACAAGAUUGCAGGAUUGAGAAAAAAGGAAAAGAAGCAGAUUCGCCUGGUCAGCUACAUCCAGAAUAUAAACACCAGCAUCACCAGCAUCGUCCCGACCCUCGCCACUGUUCUCACCUUCCUGGUUCACACUCUGCUGGGUUUAUCGCUCAAUGUGUCUGAUGCCUUUUCUACUAUCGCCAUUUUUAACUCCAUGAGGUUUGUCCUCGCCUUGCUGCCGUUGUGUGUGAAGGCCCUGGCUGAAGCUGCUGUGUCUCUGAGGAGAUUAAGGAAAAUCAUGCUGCUCCAGAACCCAAAGCCCUACCUGCAGCAGAACAAGGACAGUCAAACAGCUGUAGAGAUGAGAAACGCCACGCUAUCCUGGACCAGUGCUGCCAGCGAACAGGAUCACCUUCCCAGCCAGAACGGGGAGGUGAAGGAAGACAAGGAAGAGGAGAAUGGUCGUAGUCAGAGCUUACCAACCCUGAGAAACAUCUCCUUCACUCUGCCCAAGGGCAGCCUGCUGGGUGUCUGUGGGAACGUGGGGAGCGGAAAGACAUCACUGAUCUCCAGCAUUCUGGAACAGAUGCAUCUUCUUCUGGGUUCCAUCACAGCAGAUGGGACGUUUGCUUAUGUUUCCCAACAGGCCUGGAUCUUCCAUGGAACAGUUCAGGAGAACAUCCUGAUGGGCGAACCGUUGGACCAGGCCAAAUAUGACCGGGUUUUGGAUGUUUGCAGCCUCAGAGGUGACCUUACUAUCCUGCCAUAUGGAGAUCAAACAGAGAUCGGAGAAAGGGGUCUGAAUCUGUCCGGAGGGCAGAAGCAGAGGAUCAGUCUGGCCAGAGCCGUCUACUCUAACAAAGACAUCUUCCUCCUGGAUGAUCCGUUGUCUGCUGUCGAUGCUCAUGUGGGAAAACACAUCUUUGAAGAAUGCAUAAAGAAAGAGCUUCAAGGAAAAUCCAUCAUCCUUGUCACGCAUCAACUCCAGUAUCUGGAAUUUUGUGAUGACAUCCUGGUUCUGGAGGACGGUGAGGUCAGAGAGGCCGGGAAUCACCAGGCACUGAUGAAAACCAACGGACGCUACGCUCAGCUCAUCAACAACUACCAGAUGGAACAGUCCAAAAUGGAGAAAGAGGAGGAGGAGGAGGCGUCACCCAAACAGGCUGCUGAGCUGAAUGAUGUCAGACAGCGAGCUGACAGUGGGAUAGUUAACCCCGCGUUUGACAUGUCAGAUGAAAACGAUGACGGGACGCCAGCGGAUCAGAACACUCCUGUGGCGUCUGGAGAUCAGCUGGUCAGUCAGGAGGCCUCCACCGAGGGAUCUGUGUCCUGGAGGGUCUACCACCAGUACUGCCAGGCAGUAGGAGGAUACAUCAUCGCCUUCCUCACCGUCCUGACUAUAGUCCUCAUGAUCGGAUCCACUGCCUUCAGCAACUGGUGGCUAAGCUACUGGCUGGAGAAGGGAGAUGGGAAUUCGACAGGCCACAAUUUAACCUCUGAUCCAGGUGAUGUCUCCCAAAAUCCAAACCUGGCCUUCUACCAGAUGAUUUAUGGCGUGAUGAUCCUCGUCACGUUGGUCCUCGCUGUGAUCAAGUGCUUCUUUUACACUCACGUCACACUAAGAGCUGCCUGCAAACUCCAUGACGGCAUGUUCAGAAAGAUCCUUGCCUCUCCGAUGAGUUUCUUUGACACAACGCCUACUGGACGUGUUCUUAACCGAUUUGCUAAAGAUCAGGAGGAGGUGGACUCUGUGCUUCCUCUCCACAUGGACCCCUUCCUACAGUUUUGUCUCCUUGUCACGUUCACCAUCGUCAUCAUCGCUUCUGUCUUCCCUGCAAUGCUGGUAGCUGUGGUCAUUAUGGGCGCUUUGUUCUCCAUCAUCCUGUUUAUAUUUCAGAGAAGCAUUCGUCAGAUGAAGAAGAUGGAGAACAUCAGCCGCUCUCCGUGCAUCUCUCUCACUACCUCCACCCUGCAAGGCCUCAGCACCAUCCAUGCCUACAACAUAAGGGACAGACACAUUAAACUGUUCACAUCGUUGAACGACAUCAACUCCAAUCAUUACGUCCUGUUUCACUCCGGCACACGGUGGCUCUCUUUCUGGUUGGACUUCAUGGCUGCUUCCAUGACUCUUCUGGUGGCUUUGUUUGUUGUGCUCAGCAGCAAUACCACCAUUAAUCAAUCUUUAAAGGGCCUGGCCUUGUCUUACACCAUACAGUUAACAGGCAUGCUCCAGUAUGUGGUGAGACAGUCAACUGAAGUAGAGGCCAGGUUCAAUUCAGUGGAACGGCUGUUGGAAUACAUCACGACCUGUAAGUCUGAGGCUCCCAGACACAUAAAGGAAGCUCAGAUCCCAGAUGGCUGGCCCAAAAAUGGAGCAAUCACUUUCCAGGAAUACAAAAUGAGGUACAGAGACAACACUCCCAUUGUCCUGAACGGACUUGAUUUCCCCAUCCGAGCUGGGGAGAAACUUGGUAUAGUGGGAAGGACAGGUUCUGGGAAAUCGUCAUUAGGCGUUGCUCUGUUCAGACUGGUGGAGCCAGCAAGGGGAACCAUUUCUAUAGACGGUGUUGAUAUUGCAGCCAUUGGUCUGCGGGAUCUACGCAGCAAACUCUCCAUCAUCCCUCAGGACCCUGUGCUGUUUACUGGCACAGUCAGGUACAACCUAGAUCCCUUUGACCAAUAUACAGAUGAGGAGAUCUGGACAGUGCUUCAGAAAACCUACAUGAAGGACUCGAUUAUCAGGCUAGAGGGGAAAUUAGAGGCUAAAGUGUUGGAGAAUGGAGAAAACUUCUCAGUUGGCGAGAGACAACUAAUGUGUAUGGCUAGAGCACUUCUUCGUAACUCCAAGAUCAUCCUGCUGGACGAGGCCACAGCCUCCAUCGAUUCAGAGACUGACGCUCUGAUCCAGAACACCAUCAAAGAGGCCUUCCAGGACUGCACCAUGCUCACCAUCGCACAUCGGAUCAACACCGUGAUGCACGCAGACCGCAUUCUGGUCAUGGAUAACGGAAAGGCAGCAGAGUUGGGCCCCCCAGACGUACUGAAGCAAAGACCUGAGUCCUUGUUCUCGUCGCUCCUAACUGCUGCUAACACUGUCAGCGCAUAAAACCUCCAAAUUUAUCAAACUUACUGACUGCCUACAGUAAGUUGGCAUUAACUGCAAUUUGUCAGCUCAAUAAAUCUCUAAUAUGAAAAGCUGAGCCUAAAUUAAGGGCUAAUACGUGUUAGUACUGUUGGAAAUGGUAGGUUUGACUUGUGUAAUUGUGUAAAUAUUGACUUAUUUAUAUCACAAAAAGCAUUGCAUUGAUGAUGUGUUUCCUUUUGUUUAUGAUCAGAGUGUUUGUGUGGAUGUUCUAUUUAUUUCCAGAGCAGCGGCUUCCUGUCACUGUGCAGAUGACAUGUGAAAAUAUUGCAGCAUAACACAUAAAGACAUGUUUUAUACAUUGGUUUUGAUAACCAAAAGAAAAGACUUAGGUAUGUGUGAAAGGACCUUCCAUGUUUACUGACUGUCCACAUCUAUGCAACAGCGCUGCUAAGGCAAAUAAAUAAAUGUUUUAGAUAUGUAA